CUCUUCUUUUCAGUUGUUACUAGCUUCCGAUAAAUUCACUGGCUGUUCUGGCGUCCAAUGCACAGUCAAAGGUGAAUGCUUUUUGAUGUGGUAGUUGGUUAAACCCAAGGGCCUGAUAAUGGAAAAACGGAAAUGGUUGUGGAAGAGGAAGUCCUCGGAGAAGAGUUCCUGUGAAACUGAAAGUUCAGGCUCAAUAUCUUCACGUUCUGAGAUGUUUUCUGACGAUCAGGAGGCACUCAAGGGAUCUCCUGAUCAUAACACUCAGUCACCUGAAGUAUCGUCAAAAUCUGUAGCCAGUAAUGAAAAUGUUGAUGAAAGUUCUAUGAAAUCAGAAGACGUUAAUAACAGCAUGAAGUGUCUGACAGAAAAAUUAUCGGCCGCUCUUGUAAAUGUUAGCGCCAAGGAAGACUUGGUGAAGCAGCAUGCGAAAGUUGCGGAAGAAGCAGUUGCAGGCUGGGAAAAGGCAGAAAAUGAAGUGGCCACAUUAAAACAACAACUUGAGGUUGCAGUUCAGCAAAAGUCAGCACUAGAAGAUCGGGCAAGCCAUCUUGAUGGGGCCCUAAAAGAAUGUGUUAGGCAACUGAGACAAGCAAGAGAUGAGCAAGAGCAAAAAAUCCAAGAAGCUGUCUCAAAGAAAAGCCGGGAGUGGGAGUCUACCAAAUGCAAACUUGAGAAUCAACUUCUUGAGCUCCAAAACAAAGCUCAAUCUGAGAAAGCUGAGUCUUCUGCUCGUAUUGAUCCUGAUCUUUGUCUUAAGCUUGAAUAUUUGGAGAAAGAAAACUCAGCGUUGAGGCUUGAGAUAGAAGCUCAAAUGGAGGAGUUGGAAGUAAGGACAAUUGAAAGGGACUUGAGUACUCAAGCAGCUGAAAUGGCCAGCAAGCAACAUCUAGAGGGCAUUAAGAAGGUUGCUAAGCUUGAAGCUGAGUGUCGAAGGUUCAAAGCAAUGGCUUAUAAAUCAUCCACGGGUUAUGACAACAAAUCAACUGCUGCUUCCUCGAUUUAUGUUGAGUCAUUCACAGACAGCCAUUCAGACAAUGGGGAGCGCCUGAAUGCGGUGGACGCCAACAUGCACAAGAUGAAUAGCUUGGAGUUAAACAAGUGUGAGCAGAAUUUAUCAGAUUCUUGGGCGUCGGCCCUUAUUGCUGAACUUGAUCAAUUUAAGAAUGAAAAGGCUUUUAAUAAAAGUCUUCCAAACUCUUCUAUAGAAAUUAAUUUGAUGGACGAUUUUCUUGAGAUGGAACAACUCGCUGCAUUGCAGCCCACUGAAAGUAGAUGCAGUUGCUUGGAACCCGAAAUUGUUGCUAGAGAUUCCAAAAAUAGAGAAAGUGCCUUGAGAGCUGAACUUGAAGCAAUGGUUCAACGAACAGCCGAAUUGGAAGAAAAAUUAGAGAAGUUAGAAAGAGAGAGGGCUGAACUGGAGGCUAAAGAACCCAACGACAGAGAAAGUGUUCUAAGAGCAGAACUUGAAGAUAGGAUUCAUCAAAUAACUAACUUGGAAGGGAAAUUGGAGAAGUUGGAAUCAGAAAAGGCUGAAUUGGAGGAUCAAGAAACCGCUCUGAAAACCGAACUUGAAGCCAGGAUUCAUCAAACGACUGAAUUGGAAGAUAAGUUAGAGAAGUUGGAAACAGAAAAAGCUGAGGUGGAGUAUGUAGACAGCAUCUUAAGAACGGAACUUGAAGCCAGGAUUCAUCGAAUAGAUCAACUGGAAGAGAAAUUAACGAAGUUGGAAACAGAAGUGGAUGAGUCCAGAAAUGGAGAAAGUGUCCUCAAAACCGAACUGGAAGCCAUGUUUCAUCAAAAAUCUGAACUAGAGGAGAAAUUAAGGAAGUUGGAAAUAGAAAAGGCUGAAUCCAUAAAUGGAGAGAGUGCCCUGAGAAGUGAACGUGAAGCCAUGAUUCAUCAAACAGCUGAAUUAGAAGACAAAUUAAAGAUGUUGGAAACAGAAAAGGCUGAAUCUAGAAAUGGUGAGAGUGUCCUGAGAACUGACCUUGAUGCCAUGAUUUAUCGAACAGCUGAAUUGGAAGAGAAACUAGAGAAGUUGGAAACCGAAAAGGUUGAAUCUACAAAUGGAGAGAGCGUCCUGAGAACUGAACUCGAAGGCAUGAUUCAUCGAACAGCUGAACUGGAGGCGAAACUAGAGAAGUUGGAGGCAGAAAAGGUUGAAGCCAGGAAUGGAGAGAGUGCAUUUAGAGCGGAACUUGAAGCCAUGAUUCAUCGAACAGCUGAACUGGAGGAGAAACUGGAGAAGUUGGAGAUGGAAAAGGCCAAACUCGAGGCUGUAACAAAAAGUGAAUGUAAUGAGGCUUCACAACUUAAGCUGAUGGAAGCAGAAAUGAAAUUGGAGGUGUUGAAACGAGAAUUGGAAAUUGCAAAAGAAUCAAAGCUAACUGUUGAGUCUCAGCUCGUCAGCUUGGAAGCAGAAGUUCUGACAAUGUCCGCAAAGGUCAACCACUUGGAAGAAGAUAUUCAGAGGGAGAGGGCUUUAUCUGCAGAAAUUUCUAUGAAGUGUCGAGAAUUAGAGGAGGAGCUAUCAAGAGAGAGAGAGGAAGUUAAACUUCGGCAAAAUGCAGGCUCUAAUGGUGAAUUAAAGAUAAAACAGGAGGACAUAGCAGUCGCUGCAGGCAAACUUGCUGAAUGCCAGAAGACGAUAGCGUCUCUCGGGAAUCAGCUUAAGUCUCUAGCAACACUAGAAGAUUUCUUGAUCGACGCUGCGAACCUACCUGAGUUCUCUGCAGCUUCGUCGCUGGUUCCUAGAACUGGAGAGCAGUGGAAGUUGCACUCUAACCAGACAUUUUCACCUAAAAGAGAUUCUAAUCCUUCAAAAAAAGACAAUGACAGUUGUACUACUUCACUAAAACAAAACCAAGAGAAUUGCUCGCCGCCUUCAUCGUCGUCCUCAUCUUCGUCGACUUCAGCAAUGGUGUUGUCAACUCAUGUCAGCUCUGAGAAGAAUCGAAACGGUUUCGCAAAGUUCUUCUCUCGAACAAAAAGUGGGAUACGGUUAGAAAUUUAGUCAGGAUUAGGUGUAAAGGAAACAAAAGAGUUGAUUGAUUUUCAUUUGUUGUAAAAGAUGAUUUGAAGUUUCUUUUCAGUUAGGCUUAGGAGUCAUUAAACACUCCGUUUAAUUGGCACAUUUGAUCAAAAUAGUCAUCGAUGAAAAUUUCAAAA